CAACAAACCAGCGUGGGUGCCUUCGGGGAGAAGCUUCAGCGGCGUGUGUGUACGUGUGAGAAAGAGCGUAGAAUUGCAUUGAUUUCGUAACAGGUACAAACAACAGUAAAAUAAUGGAAUACGAUGGUCAAGCAGACAGUGAUACUUGCUCUCAAGAAGAAUUACCCAGAUUGUUUCAGUCCAGUUAUGGUUCAGUGACAAGUACUACAGUAGCCAAGAAGGACACCUACUGUCUUCACUUGGCCCAUGACACAACUUGGGACAGUGUGGCUGUGGCCAUGUCAGACAGAUCUGUAGCCGUCUUGAAUGGAAGCACUCUACAAAACUUAUUUACCUUCACUCCACACGAGAAAAGUAUUACAGGGUUAAAGUUCAGUUCGACGAGCCAGAACCUCAUAUGGACUAGUAGUAAUGACGGUCUUGUGAAACUGUGGGAUGCUCGUUCCAAUAAGAUGGAAAAGGAGUUUGUUGGUAAAUCUGAGGAAUCAGCUGUAACAAAACCUAUAAAUGCAUUUGAUAUUUCAGGUAAUGAAAAGAUAUUAUGUGCAGGAACGGAACUGGUACAAAAUGGGGCAUACAUACUGUACUGGGAUAUCCGGGGCGGUGAGAUUCUGGGUGGAUACUGGGAUAGUCAUACAGAUGAUAUCACUCAGGUGAAGUUUCACCCAUCUCAGCCAGAUACAGUUGCAACUGCUUCUACUGAUGGACUUAUUAAUGUGUAUGACAUCUCUCAGAACUCUGAGGACGAUGCCCUCACGUACUGCAUGAAUGCCUCCGUGACCAUAGAUAAACUUGCUUGGAUGUCCCAGAAUGGCCGCUAUGAGAGACUGUCAGGCAUAACAGAUAUACAUUCCUUGCAGUACUGGGACAUAAAAGAGGCUUCUCCGCUCCACAAGUUUUCUCGAGAAGAGAUGACAGCUGCUAUGAGGAGAAAGCUUCAUGAGGAAUGUUACUUGGUAAGCAUUGAUAUGCCAUGUAUAGGUGAGGAUCCUGUCAUACUUGCGGGCUCUGGGCUAGAAAACGAAGCUUCUGGCUGUCUUCGGUUGCUGAAACUGGACCUCCAGUCAGGGCGGUUACAGCCUUAUGGAAUGCUUGUAAGUAAGCAGAAGCAACUUAUGACAAGGGCUGCUUUGUAUAACAAGGGCACAGAUUCUUACAUUACUGCCGGAGAGUGUGGCGUAGUAAGAGUGUGGAAGAGAGACGAGAAGGACGUUGUUAGAAAAGAAACCAAGGCGAAACAUCAGAAACAUAAAGCUAAACCAUACUGAUGAAGUAAUCAUAAGUCGACUGUAAAUUUUUUUUUCUCUUUUUUCUGUUUUAGUAUUACAUUCCAGUGUGAUGGUAAAUUGUGUUUUCUUUUUUCAAACAAUAUUAUUAUUAAUAUUAUUGAUUUUCUUCAAUUAUUAUA